AGCAUGGCCUCAUGAAUGAAGGGCUUUACGCAUCCUGUGAGAGCAACUUAUUCCAUGAACAGCUGUAGAUUCAACGUGCAUCUCACAGAUGAGACUGGAACUAUUGUUGCCACAAUUGCAGAGAACAUGUUCUGCGUAACAUCUCAAUACCUGAAGGAGAACACACAUGAGAUAAAGACGGUCACACUCCUCGUGCAUCAACAGUUCAGCUUGAAUCACCACCACAAAUCACGCAAGCAGCCGUUUCAUGAUGAAAGUUCAAGCGCUUCUAUGGAAGAUGACAAUCUGCCACUAGCUGUUGCUUUCAUGAAGAAAAAGGAGGACUACAAACAGCCCUCGGAGAACACUUUUUUGCGGCGCUGAAUUGCUACAUGCACCUAACUUUUGUGUAUCCUAAGUAUUGCAGUACCUUCUGUUAAUGUUGCUUCUACUUAGGCUGUAUAUUUAAACCUAAUAUCAUUAUUGUCUAAUUUUCUUCUGCAUUGCUAAGUUCUACAUUGCACUAGCGUCUCUUCACCAAAAAAAAAAACCCUUAGACAAUGCAAGUAAUUUAACAAGUCUAGCAACGAAAAAAACAAUUGCUCAUGAAUUGUAUUACCAAUUUCAAGUCACAGCCCAAGGAAAGAAAUUAAAUGUGUCUAAGUGUUUGCAUCUAAAAUAUUCCUUCUGUUAUACUCCGCCUAAAAUCAACAGGAAAAAAUGACGACGAGAGGCAGCAGAUCAGAAAAAAGUAAAACGAAUCUUCCAACAAUUCGAUUUCAAUCGAGACGGCGGCCUCAACCGUGAAGAAAUGGGCGCCUGCAAAUCAACCUGAUUCUGGAUGAGGUUUUCAAGACCUAUGGCGAAUUCAUAGACGGCGAGAAGGGGCUGACCUACGAUGGCCUCAUCAGUACCUACGACGGCGACGGCGAUCGCCAUUUUGAUGUCGUAGGGCUUGAAUUGAAGCCUGAUAGUGGAGGUGAUGGUGUGGCAUCUUUGUCCUCGAUAGCCGAUGAGCGGGCGGCGGUGGAGCCUGCGAAGAAGCAGCAGACGGUGGCGUGGGAGGCGUCGCCGAACCACGGGAUCGUGUUCAACGACAUAUGGAAGGUGGGGGACGAUUUGGAGAUUUUGAUCAAACGGUUGAAAGCAAAGCAAGUGUGAAGGAUGGGAAAAUGAAGGGUGGGGAUAAUAGUAAUAUUGAUGUUUAUUCGGAUCCUGGGGGGUCUGGGGAAUUAGGGCCAAGUUCUGAGAUUUCAUAGAAAAGGAUAGUUUGGGAAGAAUCAGGGCAUGAUGAUGCUGCUUUUGUGAAAGAAUUGGGUGUUUUGAGAACAAGGGCAGAUGGGGCAAGAUCAAGAGAAGAGGCAUUUGAUGGGCAUAUGGCAAUUGGUAGGGUUUUGUAUGAGCAUCAAUUGUAUAAGGAACUAAGGAAGCUUUGGUGGGUUUUAAAAAAGCUUGUGAGCUUCAACCAGCUGAUGUGAGGCCACAUUUUAGGGCUGAGAAUUGUUUGUAUGUUCUUGGGAGGCAUGGUGAGGCUAAAGAGGAGUUUGUUUUGGCUUUGGAAGCGGCCGAAGCCGGGGGAAACCAAUGGUCUUAUUUGCUUCCACAGAUACAUGUCAACUUGGGAAUCUCACUUGAAGGUGAAGGUAUGGUAUCAGUUCUUGUGAGCAUUAUAGAGAGGCUGCUAUUCUUUGUCCAACUCAUUUUAGGGCUUUCAUACUGUUGGGUAGUGCUUUGUUCGAAGUAGGCGAGUAUAAAGCGGUUGUGAAAGCCUUGGAAGAGGCUAUUUACCUGUAAAACAAUUAUGCCGCUGCCCAUUGCGACUUGGCUUUGGCUUUGCACGCGAUGGGUGAUGAUGAGAAUGCAAUUAAGGAGUUUCAAAAGGCUAUUGAUUUGAAACCUGGUCAUGUGGAUGCUUUGUAUAAUUUGGGUGGGCUUUAUAUGGAUAUGGGUAGGUAUCAGAGAGCUUUGGAGAUGUAUACUAGGGUUUUGGCUGUUUGGCCGAACCAUUGGCGUGCACAGCUCAAUAAGGCUGUGUUGCUUUCGGGGUGCUGGGGAAAAUGAGGAAGCUAAGAAGGCUUUGAAGGAAGUGUUGAAAAUGACGAAUAGGGUUGAGUUGCACGAUGUUAUAUCGCACUUAAAACAGUUACAGAAAAAGAGGUUGAAAGGGAAUGGAGGGGCUAAUGGGGAGGAGGUGUUUAUCAUUGUAGAACCAUCAAAAUUUAAGAUGGUUACUGGGAGGAUGACAUUGAGGCAGGAGUUGGCAAUUGCUCUUGAUGUUAGGGCAUUUCAGAGGAUAACUAGGUUGAGUCGGUUUGAUGUUGAACUUUUGAAGAAGGAGAUAACUGAAAACAAUGCACCUGUGUCCUAUUCUGGUAUGGGUGUUCCUGAGAAACCUAUUCGCAAGGCUUCAUUGGAGGUAAUUCUCCGCCGGUUGCUCAAUUUCUUGAAGCCAGAAACUUUUGUUGGAACUGUUAAAGCUAUAAACCAGAAAAUCCUUUCUGUAUUGGAUGAAUCAGAGUCGGGUAGAGUGGAUUUGGGCAUGUUUUUCGUGGUUCUUGCCCCAAUUUGUGGUGGCACUGCUGAAAGAAGGAAACGGGUUACAUUUGAUGCUUUGUUAUGGCGACCUGUUACAUCAAAUUGUUAAGGGUCAUCUACAUUCCCUCGCAUGGUAUGAGUGAGAUACUGGAAAUCCAUGGGGAAACAGAUUAAGCUAUGGUGUCCUUUACAGAAUUCCUUGCUAUGUUUGACGAUCCUGAUUGGGGUUUCGGUGUCAUGCCUGGUUUAGUAAAGCUUGAAUAGGUGGAUAGGAAUCACCAUGGUUAUCAUGUUUGCUCAGUUUGCCAUUACCCUAUCAUUGGGUCGUGGUUCAAGGAGAUGAAAUCUCAUUUCAGUUUGUGCAGUCAAUGCUAUAGUGAAGGAAAUGUUCCUCCUACCUUCAAGAUAGAAGAGUACCAGUUCAAAGAGUAUGCAAGUGAGUCAGAAGCAAUGAAGGAUAAGUGCAUGUGGUUCGGUUUGCAUUCGAAGAGCUCCUCCCCUAGCUAGGUAUGUUUAAUUUAAUUUUUUAUGUUCCUGUAAUAUUCCCCUACGCCAAUUUAGUUGUCCAGUGUGCAAUAUAUAGCUCAUAAAUGUGUUCAGAGGGCUUUUGUGCCCUUGUAUAAUAAAAUCGAAGUGGUCGUUCUAAUGUCA